AUGGAGUACAGACAUGAUGUGGGUUUGGAGGACCUGUGUCCAGUGUGUGGAGAUCAAGUCUCUGGGUACCACUACGGUCUGCUCACCUGUGAAAGCUGCAAGGGUUUUUUCAAAAGAACAGUUCAAAACAACAAGAAGUACAUCUGUGCAGAGCACCAGGCGUGCAGGAUUGAUAAAACUCAAAGGAAACGGUGUCCAUUCUGCAGGUUUCAGAAGUGUCUUCGUGUUGGCAUGCGACUGGAAGCUGUUCGGGCAGAUCGGAUGCGAGGUGGCAGAAACAAGUUUGGCCCAAUGUACAAGCGCGAUCGUGCCCUCAAGCAGCAGAAAAAGGCUUUGAUUGAAGCUAGUGGAUUCAGAAGAGAGAGCAGCCCACCGCUGAUCUCCUCAACCCAGACAGACUUUACCUUCACUGCUGGCCUCCACCCAAUUCCUAUCCUCCAUUGCACCCCACUACCCACAACACAGCCCCCAUUACUGUGUUCAAUCCUGCCCUCCAGCUCACCUGAUGCCACCCAGUACGAGUGCACCUCCUUCUCAAACUGGACCAUCAAGUCAGAGCACUUCAACAACUGUUCAAGCUCACCAGGCUCUGCUGCAGGGAUCAGCUCAGAUGGGCUUUACUCAAGACCUUUCUCUCCAGGAGGUCCCAGGAUGCCUCAGCUGGUGACGGAGUUCCUGCGCUGCGAUCCAGAUCAACUGCAGCUGCAGGAUAAGAUCGCUGCUCGACUCCUGCAGGAGCAGAUGGGCUGGGAGAAACCAGGGAAGCCCAGCACCUUCAACCUGAUGUGCCUCAUCGCUGACCAGACGCUGUUCUCCAUCGUAGAGUGGGCUCGCACAUCCAUCUUCUUCAAACAUCUCAAGGUGAGUGACCAGAUGACGCUGCUGCACAGCUGCUGGAGUGAUCUGUUGCUCCUGGACGUCAUCUCCAGACAAGUCCUGUACGGCAAAGAGGGCAGUCUGCUCCUGGUCACUGGGCAGGAAAUGCCGCUGUCAGACAUAGUUGCUCAUGCUGGUCCUACCUUGGCCAGCCUCGUCCAGAGAGGACAGGAGCUGGUCGAGAAGCUUCACAUCCUAAAGGUGGACCGCCAAGAGUUUGCAUGCAUCAAGUUCCUUAUCCUCUUUAACCCAGAUGUGAAACAGCUGGACGACCAUCAGUACAUAGAGAGUGUGCAGGAGCAGGUUGAAGGAGCCCUGCUGGAGUACACACUGUGCACCUCUCCUCACCUUCUUGGACGCUUUGCUCAUCUGCUGCUGUGUUUGUCUGAAUUACGCUCUCUCAGCACCCUCGCUGAAAAAUACCUGUACUGCAAAGACCUGAGCGGUGAGGUGCCUUGCAACAACCUGCUCAUUGAGAUGAUCCACGCCAAGCGCAGCUGGGCGUAA